UCUAGUGUAGACACCAGGCAAGAAGGAAGGCAAGCAGUCAGCACAGCGCCUUGAAAGAUGGAGCUCCACUGCAUCAAUAUAAUAAAGGCGCUGAUCACUCGUCUUCUGUUCGCUGUUCACGGACUAAUCGCCAUCUGGAGGGUAACGGAUGUGUACAAAGCGUCCAUCUAUUGGAUCGGCCUGUCAGGACUAGCCGGGCUCUUCAUAGAGACAUGCUACACCGUCGGCAAGAGGAAGGGCAAGGAAUACAAAUGGUGGUGUCCGAGUUUUUUCUUCUAUCUCUCUGUCAUGGUCCCGGCCAUCUGGUUUCUGGAGUUGCAACGUUUGGACGAGCGGAUACAGCUGGAGGUGGACAUAGAGCUCAAAAACCAGAACUCCACUUCCAACAAGGAGGAGGAAGAGACUGGAGGUCCGAUACGGCUCGUGGAUGGGCAAAAGUUCUUCACGCGUUUGAAAUGUACGAGGCGCAGGCGACCACGGAGCACCGGUAUCGUCAUGCCCGAUAUCCCCGGACUCAACCUGAAAGAGGUUGACAUUCCUCUGGAGCUGAGCUCGGAAGAGUGGGUGUUGGCCGUGGAGCUGGGCAUGCUGUUCCUGCUGAUCUUUGGCCGCUGGGUCAUGCCGCGGGGCGAGGUGACGCGAGACCAACUCUCGCAGCUGCUCUUCGUAUAUCUGGGCAGCGCCGCCGAUAUCCUGGAGUUCUGCGACACCCUGAAGGUGGAUGAGGUGAAGACGAACAGGACUUUAACCAUCGUGAUCCUGGCCGUUUUCUCCUGGAGUCUCAUGCAGUUCACACUGGUCAUGACCGCGACCCGCUCCCGUACCCGCAAAGCAGGAGCCACGCCGAAAGGAAAGGGGCAGAAAGUCCGAUGUGACUGCGCCAGGUGCUUGGCGUAUUACCGUGUCAUCAACCACAUGAGCAUCUUCUUCACAUGUAAGAACAUGACGGUGAUGCUGCUGCAGCUGUACCGACUCAUUGUCAUCUACAGUGAAAGGGCAAAUGAUGAUCAAGACGAGGACAACAACAAAUCCAACGUCGUUGCACUGGAGGAAGGUUACUACAGGAAGAAAGACAGUCCGAGCCCUCUGCACAUAAAGCACUCCAAGUCGCCCAAGAAUCACCGGAAAGAGAUCAGCCCAAACCUCGCCAACCUGUCGCCCAACACCGUGUCAGCCAUGAUGGAAUCCGCUCUCAUGGAGGAUCGAAACGUCUUCAACGACAAGAAGAUAGCCAAAGCCAUGGCCAAGCAACGGGCCAAACAGGAGAAAGCACUGAUCAAGCAGAGGGCGAAAGAAGAGGCAGCGUUGACGAAGAAGAAAGCAAAAGAGUCCAAGAGAAGGAGCAAAUCGACCAAAAAGACCUGA